GCACCGCAAGUUCUCGGCUCCCAGGCACGGCCACCUGGGCUUCCUGCCCCACAAGCGGAGCCGCCGGCACCGGGGCAAGGUGAAGGCCUGGCCCAAGGAUGACCCCAGCAAACCAGUGCACCUGACAGCUUUCCUGGGCUACAAGGCUGGCAUGACCCACACCGUGCGCGAGGUGCACCGGCCCGGGCUCAAGGUGUCCAAGCGGGAGGAGGUGGAGGCCGUGACCAUCAUCGAGACCCCCCCGAUGGUGGUGGUGGGGGUCGUGGGCUACAUCGAGACUCCCAAGGGCCUGAGGAAUUUCAAGACUGUUUUUGCUGAGCACAUCAGCGAUGAGUGCCGCCGGCGCUUCUACAAGAACUGGCACAAGAGCAAGAAGAAGGCGUUCACCAAGUACUGCAAGAAAUGGCAGGAUGAGGCUGGGAAAAGGCAGCUGGAGAAGGACUUUGCAGCCAUGAAGAAGUACUGCAAGGUCAUCCGUGUCAUUAUGCACACACAGAUGAGGCUGCUCCCACUGAGGCAGAAGAAGGCCCACAUCAUGGAGAUCCAGCUGAAUGGGGGCACAGUGGCUGAGAAGGUUGACUGGGUGCGGGAGAGGCUGGAGAAGCAGAUCUCUGUGCACAGUGUCUUCAGCCAGAACGAGAUGAUCGAUGUCAUCGGCGUGACCAAGGGCCACGGCAUGAAAGGGGUGACCAGCCGCUGGCACACCAAGAAGCUGCCCAGGAAGACGCACAAGGGGCUGCGGAAGGUGGCCUGCAUCGGGGCCUGGCACCCGGCCCGCGUGGGCUACUCCAUCGCCCGGGCCGGCCAGAAGGGCUACCACCACCGCACCGAGAUCAACAAGAAGAUUUACCGCAUUGGCCACGGGAUCCACGUGGAGGAUGGCAAAGUGGUGAGGAACAACGCCUCGACGCACUACGACAUCACCGAGAAGACCAUCACACCCAUGGGUGGUUUCCCUCACUACGGGGAGGUCAACAACGAUUUCCUCAUGCUGAAGGGCUGCGUGGUGGGCACCAGGAAGCGCGUGCUCACCCUGCGCAAGUCCCUCCUGGUGCACACGAGCCGCCGGGCCCACGAAGCCAUCGAGCUCAAAUUCAUCGACACCACUUCCAAAUUCGGCCACGGCCGCUUCCAGACAGCUCAGGAGAAGAGAGCUUUCAUGGGCCCCCAGAAGAAACAUUUGGUGAAGGAGAAGCCAGGUGUGCAGGAAGAGCUCUAA